AUGCAGGCAAUCAGGUCUCUUUUUAUCCCAAAGUGGUCCUCAGACAUACGUCUGGAUGGAAAGACCGCCAUCGUGACGGGGGCCAACGUUGGAAUAGGAAAGGAGACGGCUAAAGACCUGGCAGCCAGAGGUGCUCGGGUGAUUCUGGCCUGCAGAGACAUGGCCAAAGGAGAGCAAGCUGCUCGGGACAUCAUGAGGGAGGUGAAAGGAGCCAAGGUAGUCGCCAAACAGCUGGAUCUAGCAGAUACCAAAUCGAUCUGCCACUUUGCUGAGAAUGUCUACAACUCUGAGAAGGCUCUCCAUUUUCUGAUCAACAACGCCGGCGUGGCAAUGUGUCCUUAUGGGCUCACUGCGGACGGAUAUGAGAUUCAGUUUGGAGUCAAUCACUUAGGUCACUUCUUCCUGACCUUCCUCCUCCUGGACCUGCUGAAACACUCGGCUCCAUCCCGGGUCAUUAACCUAUCCUCAGGGGCUCACGCUCUGGGAAAGAUCCAGUUUGAUGACCUGAAGGGAGAGAAGGGUUACCACCCAAUGAGGGCCUACGCUCAGAGCAAGCUAGCUAACAUCCUGUUCACCAGAGAGCUAGCCAAACGGACCGAAGUCCUCGGGGUGACCGCCUACGCCGUGGACCCCGGUGCCGUGAACACCGAGAUAACCCGACACUUCUGGCGCCCCCUUGGGAGUUUAGUGAAGAACUUCUCUUAUCUGAUCAAAACUCCAGAAGAGGGCGCCAUGACCACCAUCUACUGCACCGUCACUCCUGAGAACCAGCUCCAUACUGGGGGGUACUACAGAGACUGUGGACAGGUCCAGAGCUGCAGGGCCGGUCAGGACGACGGUUCGGCCUUAAAGCUGUGGGCUGUCAGCUGCCACCUCCUCGGCGUCCGCUGGAGAUAA